GCAAAUAUACCCUAAUAAGGUACUAAAUCUGCCGCUCACACGGCUAUAUGGUGGCAAGCCACCUCUAACCUACAAAAUGGUAGAGGAGCGAGUAUUCCUUGUGUUGAGGCUGUAUGAUAAAGUUGACCCAGAAAAGAUUUCGACAGAUUCUCACUUCAUAAACGACCUAGGAUUGGAUAGUUUAGAUCAAGUGGAGAUCAUUAUGGCUAUGGAAGAUGAAUUCUCAUUUGAAAUUCCGGAUGAGUAUGGUGAGAAAUUGAUGACGCCAAAAGACAUCAUACAGUUUGUUUGUGAUAAGCAAGAUGUUUACCAAUGAGAUGCUGCAAUGUAGUCAUAUAUGGUGCGCCCAUGCCGUUGACUUCAUCCUGCUGCCAGGUGUGCUAGCAUCGCAUUAGGCAAAAAUGGGGAAUUUCACGUGAUGCAUUCACCCUUUACGUGCACCAUUUUUUUCGAUGAUCGUACUAGGGGGCACCACGUUGACUGCAUGUCAGUAGACACAUCUUGCUGUUUGAAGAAAUUUGUAUCAGUGCUUAGCAGCAUUAUAGGGAUUUAAUUAAUAGCGAAAAACUAGCUUAUUUCAAAUAAAUCUAGUUGCUCUUGUUAAAUGUUUCUUGCUGACUGCCAAUUUUCUGCAUUUCUUCACAAAAUUUGAUUAAUUAAGGUAUGGAAUGUCACUUAAUGAGACAGGUAUGCAUUGUUGAUAGUAAAAAAUGUUUUAGUGUAAAAUAAA